UGGGAUCAUAAUUAUAUACAGAAAAUUGCCCAUAUCCCUUAUGAUAUUAGUUUUGUCCAACUACUCGGCACACUUCUAGUUAAGACGGCAUCUCAUGGAGACAUAACUGCACAGUUUGAGCUACCACUUUCACUUUAACCCACGGAAAGGUUUUGCUAUGCUAUAUUACAGCCAUUGAAUCUGUCUUUGAGCUUUAAGGGACGUUAAUGGCAAGCUCUGUCAACGACAUUAUGUUAUUAUAUUUUUCAAUCUUGAAAUACAAGGGCAAACGUGAUUAAUCAGUGACUGAAAUUUCGCGUACGUGAUAUUCCCUUCCGGACUUGGAGAGCGCUCAAAGCGUUGUAGAACGCCUCUCUGAAUAACGGGCCGUGGUUUUGGCUUAACUGCUUUGGGAAAAAGAAAGACGCGUAAAAAUGGCUCAACAUUCGCCUCUCUCCCCUACAGGCCUUAUGGGUUCAAACCCAAGUCGACUUCUGUACCUUGGAUCGACCAUGUGACGCUAUAUUUGGAGGCGGAUUGUCAGCUCGAGGACAAGGCAAUUUAGAAGAAGGAUUUGUCAAAGUGUGGACACGUGCAGGCUUUACUUUUUUUUUUAACUAGACAUGCGUGUGGCAGUGAUCGGAGCUGGGGUCAGUGGCCUGUCCACAGCUCAAAGCAUCUAUGAGCAGUACCACUCCAUAGUCAGUCCACUGACCAUUGAGGUGUAUGCGGACUGCUUCACCCCACUGACCACCAGCGAUGGGGCUGCAGGAUUCUGGCAGCCAUACCUCUACGACAAGGGCAAUGUCCAGGAGACUAAAUGGUGUAAGGAGACGUUUGACUACCUGUUGAGCUUCCUGAGCUCCCCGGACUCUAUCAAAAUGGGGAUUUUCCUCCAGUCUGGCUACAACCUUUGCAGUGAGCCUGCACCAGAUCCCUCUUUUAAAGAUAGUGUGCUGGGCUUCAGACGGCUUACUAAACGAGAGCUGGCGUUGUUUCCUGCAUACUGCUAUGGGUGGUUCAACACUGCUCUCAUGGUGGAGGGGAAAAGUUACUUGCCUUGGCUGAUGGACUGGUUACAGAAGCGAGGUGUGACAUUUUACCAGAGGAAGAUAGAGUCCUUCAAAGUGCUUGCGGAGAGUGGGGCAGACGUCAUCAUCAACUGCACAGGAGUGAGGUCAGGGGAUCUCCAGCCUGACCCUGACCUCACACCAGGCCGUGGGCAGAUACUGAAGGUGGAUGCUCCAUGGCUUAAGCAUUGGAUCCUCACCCACAAUUUCACUGCUGGAACCUACAAUUCACCGUACAUUAUACCAGGGAGUCGUUCAGUGGUUGUUGGUGGGUGUUUCCAGCUGGGGAACUGGAGUGAGCAGAACAACUCUGAGGACCACAAGGAGAUAUGGGAGGGGGCCUGCCAGCUGGAGCCCAGCCUCAAGCAUGCCCGGAUAGUGGAGGACUGGUCAGGGCUCAGGCCUGUUCGUAGUAAAGUCCGACUGGAGAGGGAGACCAUGCAGUCUGGACCAACCACAUUUGAGGUGAUCCACAACUAUGGCCAUGGAGGGUUCGGAUUGACCAUCCACCGAGGCUGUGCACAGGAGGCAGCUCGGCUCUUGGGGGAGAUAUUGGAGCUGAAGGGCUGGGAGCCCAGGUCUCGUUUGUGAACUAGUGGUUUAUUACCUAAACAGCAGUGGCAUCAGUAUCUCUCACAUGUCUGUAUGGGACCAUUUUAACAUCAGAAUGGUUUGCGAAGAAACCCGCAUAGGAAACUCCUGGGGCCUUCAGACAACAGUGAGGGUUCAUUCGUAUUUGCAAGAGAACAACUCAAAAUCAGAGUUUAGGUAGUGGAGUACCUGAUUAACCCAAAACCAGCUAACUUGGAACACAAAGACUACCAGUCAGCCUUAAAAUGGUUUCAUGCCAGUCAUCAGGAUUGCUUUUAUUGAAUGACAAUUUCCAUUGUUGUGUAGUCAUAACUAUUAGCUAAUCGAUUGAAAUCUAUUUUGAAAAGUAAAGUUUUUAUAUUGUAGUUGAAGAGAUGCUAAUCUAUAACAUAUUGAACCAAUACAUUUUUUUCCAAAAGUGUGAUAAGCAAAUCUUACAAAUGUGACAUAAAAAUAGGAGUGCAAUAUCAAACAAAAAUGUUAAGAUAUCAUGAGUUUUAAAACUUAUGAAGUGAAGAAAUAAAUACUUCCACAAUCCAA